GAAAUAGUAGAAUUAAAAAAAAAACAAAGUUGCCAAUUCAACAGAAGUUAUUAAAAAAAUAUAAAGAAAACUUAUGAGAAGAGCUGAAAAACAUAAAACUCUUCUCACAUGUGUUUGUUUGUGUUGUGUAGAGAGUGUUAAGUGUUUUUGAUGUAUUUCGAAGGAUUUUGUUAUUGAAAUCAUUUGCCUCAAAUUAAAUUAUUUAUCUGCUGUCACAUGUGUAAACUAUUACUGACGAUGUCAUGAAAAUUUUGCAAAACGAAACCACCAACAGCAGCAACUCUACGACGACUUCGCCAAAUUCAAAAGAAAAGCAACAGCUUCCAACGCAGUCUUCUUCCUUGCCGCAGCAGCCGCAACAAAACUUUGUAGAGAAACGAAAAGCAAAAACAUUGAAAAAUAAAAUAUUACAAAAUGUUGCACAACAGCAGCAGCAACAAGAACAAGAGCAACAACAGCAAAAUGCCAACAACAAUGUCAACAACAAUAAACACCAUACGCCAUCAGCAAUGACAGAUGAGCGUACAACAACAACAAAUAAUAAUAGCAACAACACGAAAACAAAUAAAAGCAACAACACUAAUGACAGUAAAACAACAAGAGCAACAACUACAAAUUUGCUAGAGGAUUCAUUAAAAGAUUCCUCUUUGGGUACUAGCAAUAAUAACAACGACAACAACAACAAAAAUAGCGAUUUAAUUAUUGCUGAGGCGGCAAAAAUUCUUUUAAAAAAUGGUUUAAAUGGCACCAAUGCUGCCGCAGCCGCUGCUGUUGCAACUGCCACAGCCACCUUAUUAACAGCUGCUGCUAAUUUUCAUCAGUUGCCAACAGUUACUAAUAGCUUGAACUCCUCCUCAACCUCCUCAUCAAAUAGUAAUUUAUCAACAUCCGUUUCGUCGACCUCAUCCUCCUGCCCAUCAUCAACUGUUUCAGAUACAUCUGUACUAGCCGCCAACGUGACAACGGCUGCUGCGGCUGCCCAUGCACAAUUAGUGGCUAUAGCAGCAGCAGCUGCUGCUGUGAAUGCCACUAAUCACAAACGUUUAGCUGCUACUCCUACAUCUUCAGCAUCCUCUACUUCUACAACUUCAUCCUCCUCCUCCUCCGCCUUGUCCUCCUGCAAAUCUCCAAAGCAAACUAUAAACAAUGGAUUAUUGGCUAACGCUACUGGCAUUCAGACCACUACAGCUACACCAGCAACAACUGCGCAUUUUCAAAAACCCUACAAAACGAGCAGCUGUAGGAGCACCAUGUCCUCUGCCAUGGAUACGGGAAUUAUUGAUUAUACCAUAAAUUCCAAUAGUAAUACAUCAUCGUCAUCAUCAUCUACUUUGUCGCCAUCAGCGACUUUAUCCUCCGUCAUUAAUUUAUCUGCUUCCGCCAACAGUAGCAGCAACAACUCUAACUCUGCUCACCAUAAAUUACAUAACAACAGCAAUCAUUCCCAUUCUAAUCGCUCUGAUAUUGGCAGGCCUCCGAUAUCACAUAAUCAUCAAACGUCUAAUGCUAAUAAUCACAAAAAUACUGUACCGGGUGGUGGAGUUGGUGGUCUUGGUGGACGUUUACAGUUUUUUAAAGAUGGUAAAUUUAUUUUGGAGCUAGCACGAUCCAAAGAUGGUGAAAAGGGAGGAUGGGUUUCAGUGCCUCGCAAAUUUUUUCGCAUACCUGCAACAUCAUCUACCGUAACACCAUCAGCCACAGCAUCCACAUCUGCUGCAGCAAUACCAUCAGCUUUGGCAUCAUCUCCAGCGGCCAUAGUUGGUGGUGCAUCAUAUCCAAAGAAUGAAUGCUCCAACUCAUUAAGCUUUUCUGAUGAUAACAGCUCGUUGCAAUCGUCACCAUGGCAAAGAGAUCAUUGUUGGAAACAAGCGGCGCCACGAAAAAAUGUGUCAAAAGAAUUGACGCUAUUUUAUCGUAGGCCCGCAUAUCAUAAACUUACAAGACAGGCUCUUUUGUUGUCGCACAGAAAACGUAGAAAACCCUAUGAUACGACGAAAACACUCAAGAAUGGUUUAAUAUUUGUAUUAAAAAGUAAAAAACAGCUUCAGCAACAGCAACAAGUAGAUAAGUCUACUAUUUCGAAUAAAAAAGAGGUGGAAUUAAAAGAAAACAUUGAUAAAACGUCAGAGAAGGGAGCAGACGAGAAUAAGAACGAGAAGGUGGAUAAGGGCGGAGAUGCUAAGUGUAUUAAAUCAUGUACUGAGGAUGUUAAAAAUGAAAUUGACGACGGCGAAAAUAAAAAUAAUGGCGCCAAGGAAGACUUUGACAAAAGUUCUGAUAUUAAAGCAAUUAUCAAAACUGAAAAUGAAGAAUCGGCUGUAGAAACUGAAGAGGAUGUUGAUGUCGAAAUGACGAAACUCUCAUCACCUUGCAAAUCGACUGAAAAUGAGGCCAAUAUUAAGAAUGUAGAGGAAAUAAAAGAAAACGAUCAAGUUGAGAAAAUGAAUACCAGUGACUAUAACGAUGAUGCAGAAGAGAAACCGAAGCCGUUGAAUCAAAUCGAGAAUUCAACAGCUUUGAACGGCAACGUCUUGAGGAAUGACGAUUUGCUUGAGAAACAACAGCAGCAAGUUACUGAUACACCUGGGGAAGGGGCUAAAUCGAAAACAGGAGAUGAAGAAAAAAGACUUAAAAAGCAUGAACAUUAUAAAACACGAGCCAAGCUCACAACCAUCGUACAAAAAUUAAUGGAUGCUUCGUCAUCACGCCUAGCAGCAUCUACACAUCUAUUUAAAACAUCUAAUCAACAAACAACAACAACAGCUGCAACACCCACAUCAUCGUCAUCAUCAUCUUCUAAUUCAAUUCCAAGUACUGCUUCGGCAUCUGCAGGACUUAAAAAUCAAAAUUCCAAAGUUUCACCACCUCCCAAUACAGCUGCUUCACGUCUAGUCGAAUAUCAUCAACAACAUGUAUCGCCACGUAAGCGUAUAUUACGAGAAUUUGAAAAAGUCUCGUUGGAGGAUAAUGCAACUGGAGCUGCAGGCGGUAAACGUAGUCGUGCCAAAGGUAACAGCAAUACUAUCAAUACAACCAUGGCUGGAAACAAUUCAAAUAUUGCUUCAUCGUCAUCAACUUCAACGACCAGCAAUAAAUCGAUGAGUUUUAAUGCGCACAACGCUAAAUCAGCCUCAAGCACGGCUUCUUCAACGGCACCUACGAAGCUAUACAGUUCAUAUAGCAUACAUUCUCUUUUGGGGGGCGGUAAUGCUACUUCGACUUCAUCAUCAACACCAGCUGUUAAAAAAUCUACAGAAUCGCCUGCAACUAUUACCAGUAGUGCAAUGGCUUAUUCCCCUUAUCAUUCUGCAUCAUUUCCUUCAAAUUUGCAUUCAAAUAAUUCACCAAAAUCUCCGGAUGGCCACAAUAUAUGUGCUGGUGGUGGCAAAUCGCCCUCAAAUUCAGCCACUAAAUCGAAAAGAUCACCUCCCUAUAGUUCUCCUAUGCGUGAAACACAGUCAAGAAGUCCUGUAAACAGUGGAGGCUAUGCUGACUAUAGUGGCCGUCGAUCUCCUAGAUCAACACCUGAUACUGCUCAUAAUACUUUUAAUAAAAUGAGAUACGCUGGCGGUAGUGGAGGAGUUACAGAUACUGCUGCUUCAUCUUCAAAUCAUCACGUGCAGCAUCAUCAACAGCAGGCCCAUCAUUUACAGCAGCAUCAGCAACACUAUCAUCAUCAGCCACAGACAUAUUAUUCACCAUAUAUGAUGUCUCCACAUUAUGUGCCGCCACUUUCAGGACCUAGCGCCCUGUCGCCAAAUGCAUCUUCAGCAAAUGCGUCGACAUCGUCUACGACGAGUUCGCGUUCACCACGACAUCAUCCUUCGGCAUUUAGGGCUACUACGCCAACAUCGGCAUCUGCCUUGAGUACAACACAUAACAUUCCAAACACACAAAAGGGAGAUUUAUCGCCACAACGUUCAACUACGGCAUCGCCGAGAGAAACUACACCUCGAACUGUACCAAAAAAGACUGCUUCAAUACGACGACAAUUCGCUUCACCCACAUCAGCCACUCAAAAUCAUAAUAACAAUAGCAGCAAUUGCUCCUCGCCAACAACGAUUAUUGACAACCGCAGUGAAGACCAGAUGACGAAUGACAGAAGAACACCAGUAAAUACCACCACAAUGCAUCAGCAGCACCAACAGCCGCAGCAUUUAAUGCAAAGAGGCUCACCAGGUAAUCCCAGUUUGGCAGGAUCUCCAGUACAUCCAUAUUCGUAUUUAUAUGCGCAGCCACCGAAUGAUGGUAACAGUCCACAUUCUUCUAAUGCUGCUCCAUCAAAUCAUCCAUCAACUGCAAUGUCGCCUUCUGCAGUAAACGCUUCAGCGGCCGCUGCGGCUGCUUCAUACAUUCCAUCCGUUGUGGGAUUACCGUAUUACCAUCCAUACAUCUCGACUUUGGCGGCAAUGCGUCAUCCACAAAUGUGGAUACAACACUAUCAAAGUGCUGCGGCAGCUGCUGCAAAUCCAGCAGCUCUAAUGCAAUCCCGGCAUCCUGCCAUGUUGUCGGCAGCUGCUGCAGCUGGAGCUGCUGCUCGUUUGUCGCCACCAUAUCAUGGUUUUCAAUAUAAUGGUGUAGGCAAUGCAGCUGCAUUAGCAGCCGCAGCUGCUGCUGCCGCUGGUUUCGGUAGCACAGCUACUCCUUCUCAUCAUCCAUCGAGUGCAUUAUCACAUCCUAAUUCUAUGUUUAAUCCCAUGGCAAAUAGUAGUUUACAUGGCAUACAACAUCCAGUGACAGCAAUGCAAACAGCAGCAGCAGGUUUAGUCCCUGUAUCAGCCGCAGCGGCGGCAUUGUCUGCAGCAGCAUCAUCAUCAUCACCAAUAACUGAUCUUUCUUCCAAAUCAUCAUCGAAGAACGAUUACUCCUCUAGCGCUAACACAACUACAACGUUGUCAUCUUUAUCAACGGGAACGGAAGGAGGAGGAGGUAGAAGUGGACUUGGGGGUGGAGCAUCAGUGACUGAGUCUUCUGGAAAUUCUAUGUAUACCAUUAGCAAUAAGGAUGAACAAAGUUCAGAUGUACCGUUAAAUUUAUCGAAACAUUAAAUAUAAAAAAAUAUGGUUUCCAUUCAUUCAAAAACAAACUCACACCCUAUA